GCCGGGGCCGGGGCUGGGGCCGGGCCGGGCCGGGCCGAGCCGAGCCGGGCCCCCCGCCUGGCCCUGCGCUGCCGGGGCGCUGCGAGCAGCGGGCGCUGCCCCGCCGCGGGACCGCUCCGGCACGGGCGCUGCGUCCCGGCGCUGCGGAUCGAGCCCAAGGAGCAUUGUCAAACAGCUGCCGCCUGGCUCUGCCUGCCCCACAGCCAGUGCAUGGACCAGCAACAUCCUCCAGCUCAUGCAUGACAGCAGUACACUGGCAGAAGAGGCACCUCAGACAGCAACGCUCAGACUGUCUUCAUGAGGGACAACUCUGGAGCCCAGAGAGGAACACGGUGCACAGGAUGCUGAAUCUGGCCUAGUCCUGAAACCCAGCAAGCUGUGAGAGGUGCAGAGGAUUCUGCGGGGAGCAGGGUCAGCACUUGUGCAAGGGCUCUGCUGCACCAUCCCUGAGCAAUGCUCUAGAAAACGCUGGGAUCAUGAAGGGCUUAGGAGAUAAUAGAAGCCGCCACCUCUCCGAUAACCUGGACUCCCCCCAAGACUCUCUUUAUGCCCCUCAGGACAGGAACCCUUAUCUCCUCAGCCCCACUGACUCCUUCACCAUGGACCCCCGGUUCCCAGCCCAGAAUACCCUCCAUGGAGACUGUCUCCUUCCGCUCAACAACCAGAUCUCCAACAGCAGCACUUUCCCCCGCAUCCAUUACAACUCCCACUUUGAGGUCCCAGACGAGAACCCUUUUCCGAGCCAUGCCCAAGCCACUAAAAUCAACCGCCUGCCUGCAAACCUCCUCGACCAGUUUGAGAAGCAGUUGCCCAUCCACAGAGAUGGCUUCAGCACCCUCCAGUUUCAGAGGAGCGAUGCAAAACACCGGAGUGAAAGCCCCGGGCGGAUCCGGCACCUUGUCCACUCUGUCCAGAAACUGUUUGCCAAGUCCCAGUCUCUGGAGGGCCCCACCAAAGGCAAUGUGAAUGGCAAGAAAGGGGCUGAUGACCCCAAGCAAAACCGGAGGAGCAAGAGCAAAGACCGAGCGAAGACAUCUGAGCCCAAGCGCAGGACCAGAUCCAACAUAUCAGGCUGGUGGAGCUCAGAUGACAACUUAGACAGUGACACCUGCAGCUAUCGCAACCCCAUGGGCCUCAUGACACUGGGCCGGCAGCCGGACCACAGCCAGCCUAAGUAUUUCAUGCAUGCUUACAACACCAUCAGCGAGCACAUGCUGAAAUCCUCCAAGAGCAAUAAUGACCUCAAGGUCACCCCUUGCACCAAUAUCCCCAUCAACAACGACUCCAACUACAUUAAGAGGGGCUCCUGGUCCACGCUGACACUCAGCCAUGCCCGGGAAGUGUGCCAGAAGGCCUCAGCCACGAUUGACAAAGCCUUGCUGAAAUCCAAGUCCUGCCAUCAAGACUUGGCCUACCACUACCUGCAGCCUGACGGAGGGCUGUGGGCACAGCUGGGUGGCGUGAGCCCAGCCAGCAGCUGGGCAGCCCCACCGCUCGGCUGGGAGGACACGGGUGCUGCCCCGCUGCCACCGAGCGAGCCCCCGCGGAGGUGGGACCAGCCCCUCAGCCCCGGGCCAACCGACGCAGGCAGCGGCCAGGUCCCUCAGGGGGAGUGGAACAACACGCUGUCUCGGGACAAAGACAGUGAGAUCCCGUGCCGGCGCAUGCGAAGCGGGAGUUACAUCAAAGCCAUGGGGGAUGAUGAUAGUGAAGACUCAGAAACCAGCCCCAAACCAUCCCCGAAAACUGCAGCUCGGAGGCAGAGUUACCUCAAGGCCACCCAACAGUCCCUGAGUGAGCAGAGCACUACCCAAAGGAGCCUGGACCGCCUGGACUCUGUCGAGAUCCUCCUACCUCCAAAGUUCCCAACCUGGGAGGAAGAAUACAACCAGAUCUCCGACAGCGUCAAUGAGUCCAGUUGCAUCAACCAGAUCUUUGGACCCCCCUCACUUAUCCCUCAGAUAUUUACCCAUGGAGAGCAGGCGAGAGAGCCGGAGCUGGGGGAGCAGUAUGAGGCGGUCUGUGACUCUACCUACAGCGAGGCCGAGUCGGCUGCCGCCGAGGUGCUGGACUUGCCUCUGCCCAGCUACUUCCGCUCCCGGAGCCACAGCUACCUCCGAGCCAUCCAGGCGGGCUGCUCCCAGGACGAGGACACCGGCUCCAUCCGCUCCAUCUCCCCCCCACCAGCGGGCAGCCUCAGCGGCAGCAGGACCCUGCCCACCAACAGUUCAUCAUGCCUAGUGGCAUAUAAAAAGACUCCACCUCCUGUCCCACCUCGGACCACAUCAAAGCCGUUCAUCUCUGUCACUGUGCAGAGCAGCACUGAAUCAGCGCAGGACACCUACCUGGACAGCCAGGACCACAAGAGCGAGGUGACCAGCCAGUCAGGGCUGAGCAAUUCUUCAGACAGCUUGGACAGCACCAGGACACCCAGCGUGACACGGGGCAGUGUUGUGACUCCAGCAAGAGACACUCCAGAAUUACCACAGAAAAAUGCAACCUUGAAAAGUGACAAAGGGACUCUGACUAACGAAGAGCCUAAAGUGGAAAACGUCCCCAAGAGAAAGCUGUCGUCUAUAGGAAUACAAGUUGACUGCCUUCAGCCAGUGGCAAAAGAGGAGCCUCCUCCACCAGCCACCAAAUUCCAGUCCAUCGGGGUACAGGUAGAGGACGAGUGGCGAAACAGUCACUCUCGCAGUAUGUCCUCCAAACAGGACACAGACUCUGACACGCAGGAACCUAAUAACUCUAGCUGUAAAUCAUCUGAGAGAAGUGUUGCUGAGUGCCCCCAACACAACAACUCCGUUAGUGUUGAUACUAGUACCAGGCAACCAGCCAAGCCCUCACAGAUGAAGAGAAACCUCUCCUAUGGAGAUAACAGUGACCCAGCCCUGGAACCUUCCUCUCUCCCUCCUCCUGACCCUUGGCUUGAGACAUCCUCCACCUCGCCAUCAGAACCCAUACAGCCAGGAGCCUGCCGGCGGGAUGGGUACUGGUUUCUGAAGCUGCUUCAGGCAGAAACAGAACGUUUAGAAGGCUGGUGCCGCCAGAUGGACCAGGAGACCAAAGAGAACAAUCUCUCUGAAGAAGUCUUAGGAAAAGUCCUGAGUGCAGUGGGCAGUGCACAGCUACUAAUGUCACAGAAGUUCCAGCAAUUCCACGGCCUCUGUGAACAAAACUUGAAUCCUAACGCCAAUCCCAGACCCACAGCCCAGGACCUAGCUGGGUUUUGGGAUCUCCUGCAGUUGUCCAUUGAAGACAUCAGCAUGAAAUUUGAUGAGCUGUACCACCUGAAAGCUAACAGCUGGCAAUUGGCAGAGACACCAGAGAGAAAGGAAGAGAAGAAACCACCCCCUCCAGUGCCAAAGAAGCCAGCCAAGUCCAAAUCCCAACUGAACCGGGACAGAGCCUCUGAUUCAGACAAGCAGCGCCAGGAAGCUCGCAAGCGUCUCAUGGCAGCCAAGCGGGCUGCUUCUGUCCGGCAGAACUCGGCCACGGAGAGCGCAGACAGCAUCGAGAUCUACGUCCCUGAGGCACAGACCCGCCUUUGAGCAAAGGGGCAGAGGAAGGAACCGCGUGGUUUUUAUAAGUCAUUAAAAAGGAAAAAAAAAGGUUCUCUCUAAACUAGUGUGAUUUAUUCAGUCUAGAGACAAUGAGCCAUCCUUGAAAAGGGCUCCUGAGUUGGCUUUUUUUUCUCUCAGCUUUAAGUAAUGAAGAUUUUAAAAAAAGAAAAAAAAAAAAGGAAAAAAAAAAAGAAAAACAUACCCCUCGUUUUCUCACUGGCUGUGGUGUUGCUGAAUGGAUUGAACAUACUCCUGGAAAUUCCAGCCCCUCAACUUGGAACUUCAAUAUUUUUACUUGUUCUAUCUAAUGAGAAUUAUUAGCUUGUUUACAAGAAGAGGACAACAAAAAACAUGAAGCCUUGAGCACUUGCCAUCCUAUGUUCUUCCUCCUCCUUAGUUCUGUUCUUUCAUCCUUUAUUUUUCCCCCUUCUGCUCCUUUUCUCCUACCCUCUGCAUGGCUUUGUUUACUGUGUUAGAAAUAACCUCUCUUCCACAGAGCUCCUGAAGAGAACACCUAUUCAGUGUGUACUACUGUUGCACUCUGCUAGCAAGCAGCCUUUCUUGGGUUUUGUUUUCCUUUUGAUGGGGAUAUUGGGGUGGGGGGAGAAGGGGUGGGAAGGGACAGGGCCAUGGGUUUGUAUUCCUGUGUUAAUGAAGUGAGAGGAUGACAGGACCUGUGGAAUGUAAUGCAGAGUUGCUGAAAUGCAGUACAGAAGCAAAUGUGCAAUAAGCUGGCAAAGAGGGGCAGGGAUGGUGGUUGGCUGGCUGAUCCCGAGAGCAGUACCCUACCCCAGGCGCAGGAGGGGAACAGAAGGACCACAGAGCAACUACGGACAUGAUCCCCACAUGCUUCACUUUGAUUUUUAUUUUUUUUCCUCUUCCCUGCCCUUCACAAAAUUAUUUUCCCUGAAUUGCUUGUUGAGAAAGAAGCUGCUACACUAUGGGACCUGUUUCAAAGUGGGCUGGGGCAGGGGAGGGCUGGGUUGAGUAUGCUGGUAUUUCAGGGUGGGAGGACUGGGUUUUGUACAAAGAGGAAGGCAGGGGUAGCUGAGAGUAGGCUGCCCGCCUGUACGUAUGUGUACAUAUGCACAUAUACAGUUAGUAGUACCUGUACAUUUAAUUCAUACACACGUAUACAUGCCCACACACACAGUGCAGACGGUGUAGUAAAGGCACCUUGGUGAGAAUGGGCAUAUGUAUAGCAUAUAUUUUUACAUGUACUAUAUCUAGAUGUGUGUAAAAGUGUGUGUAAAAAUAUAUACCCUGUGUGUAAUCAGAUGACUAUUUUUUCCUUAUCUUCCUGCUCUUUGGGUAGAGGAAGGAUUGCUAAAUAUUUUUUAGCCCAUUUUUCCCCUUUGUAGGCCUCCUUUUCAGUCUGACUUCUUGAAGCCAGGACUGCCACCACCCAGUUCUCUGCCACCCCCUCAAAAUAAGCAUCUGGUCCCAUCCUGAGCGAUCUUGCUGGGGAUUUUUUGUUGUUGUUGUUCACUUGUUCGACUGAGCUGGGAGAUAGCGUGCUACGUUCACGGGGGUGGGGGUGGAAUCCCAAAGAAGUUUCAGCGAGGGUGUUGGUGAUCCAGAAGGCAAAAAAAAUAAAUAAAAGUGAAAUCUUGAACGAUG